AUGGAGCAGGAGAGCACUGGGGUUCGUGCACUGGCUGGAGAGGAGAUCGCCUGGGACAGUGUCCACUACUCUGUGCAGCAGAAGCCAGAUGGGUUUGGCAGGUCCUUGGGUUCGAGGGUAACUAACACUGGUCCUAACAGCCCUUUCAGGCUCUCCCCUUCCAGUUUGGAAUUUAUAGAUGGCAUUCAUAAAUUUGCUAAGAGCAUAUACGACACACAGCUGUGUACGCAAGUACAGCUUUAUCACUGUGGGAUCGACGGGGAUCGAAGGGUAGAUCCCUUCGAUCGACAAGGAGCUGCCUGCAUCGAAGUGCAGAGAUCUGGUCCUAGCCCUAAAGCAGAAUGUGGGAACCUAAAGCUCUCAAGCUGGCAGAUGCAUUGGCUGCACCAGCCGUCAUUCGAUUUUCUAAUUCUUUUUACUGUGACUCUGGUCUGGCAAGCCAUUCAUUUAGGAAAAGGCCGUGAAAAAGAAGAGCAUGAAAAAGAUGUGGAAAACAUCAACGCCACAGCACAAAAGCAACAGCAUAAAAAAGAAAGGACUGUUAUAAAUACUCUCAGUGACAUGAAUCAGAGUUAUGAAAGCAGAAAGCAGCAGCAUUCCAGGACACUUGUACCUUUCACUGGGAUUACAGAGAGUAAAAAACUGAACAGGCACUGCUGCCAAAAUGGAGGGACCUGCAUCCUGGGGACUUUCUGUGCCUGCCGAAAGCAUUUCACUGGCAGAUACUGUGAAUAUGAUGAGCGCAACUGUGGCAGUGUUGCCCAUGGCGCCUGGGUGCUGCAGGGCUGUCGGCUGUGCCGGUGCGGCUACGGUGCCCUGAACUGUCUCUCCGAUGUCAUGCAUGGCAGCUGCGAUCUGAAAGCAGAAGAGGAGGAGAUGCCCAGACUAUAUUCUAGUGGCCUAAGAUUACAGCAGACAGUGUUUGCACUCUUUUGUCUGCUCACCGUCCUCCUGGAGCUCUGCUGCUGGCAGCUGUGA